CUGUACCCCAUAAAAUAGGGCGGAUAAUUGAUGGAAGUCCUGCAGAUCGCUGUGCAAAACUUAAAGUUGGAGACCGGAUCUUAGCUGUGAAUGGCCAGUCUAUUAUAAACAUGCCUCAUGCAGAUAUUGUGAAGCUAAUUAAAGAUGCAGGUCUCAGUGUAACUCUUCGCAUCAUUCCUCAGGAGGAGCUGAACAGCCCAGCCUCGGCCCCCAGCUCGGAGAAGCAGAGCCCCAUGGCCCAGCAGCACAGCCCCAUGGCCCAGCAGAGCCCCCUGGCGCAGCAGAGCCCUGUCGCCCAGCACAGCCCCGUCGCCCAGCCGCCACCUCCACAGCCCCUCCAGCUGCAGGGACACGAAAACAGUUAUAGGUCAGAAGUAAAAGCCAGACAGGAUGUGAAACCUGACAUCCGGCAACCUCCAUUUACAGACUACAGGCAGUCCUCAACGGACUACCGACAGCCUCCGCUGGACUACAGGCAUCCUCCGGUGAUGGAUUACCAGCAGCCACCACCUCUCGACUACAGGCAGCCACCCUUAAUAGAUUACAGGCAGCAUUCGCCCGACACCAGGCAGUACCCUCUGUCAGAGUACAGGCAGCCACAGGACUUUGAUUAUUUCACCGUUGAUUUGGAGAAAGGAGCCAAAGGUUUUGGGUUUAGUAUUCGAGGAGGAAGGGAGUACAAAAUGGAUUUGUAUGUGCUGAGGUUAGCAGAAGAUGGGCCAGCAAUAAGAAAUGGAAGGAUGAGGGUAGGAGAUCAAAUAAUUGAAAUCAAUGGAGAAAGCACAAGGGACAUGACACAUGCCAGAGCAAUAGAGCUAAUCAAGUCUGGUGGCAGGAGAGUGCGACUGUUGUUGAAACGUGGAACAGGACAGGUCCCAGAAUAUGACGAACCAAACUCCUGGAGUGCUCCCUCUGCCACCUCCCCUCUUUCCCUCGAUGACAUUAUCUCACCAUUAUCUUCAUCACACAUAGCCCCACCCUCUGACCCUUCUCACCAGAUAAGCCCAGAGCCAACAUGGGAUAUCAAGAGGGAACACGAUGUAAGGAAACCAAAGGAGCUUUCGGUGAACGGUCACAAAAAGAAAAGGUUAGGAGAACAAAGAGAAAGGUCAGCAAGUCCUAAAAAGGUAGACAGGUCAAAGCAUGAAGAGGCAUCUUGGAAAGGAUAUUCAGAAGGCAAAAAUAAGACCACUGAUGGUGGCAGGCCCACCUCAGAAAGCAAAGUGGUGGGACAGAGCAUUAUGAUCGAGGCUGGCGCAAGAGAGCACUUGUGUGCUGGAACCAGUGAUGAACAGUUUGGGAGGCUGAGGAAGCCGGAAAGCAAGAGAGGAGGAUCUCUUAGCAAAAAAGAAGAUCACAAAUCUGCAAAUACCAGUGAGAAGAAACCAGCUGCAGCACCCGACCAUGUCAAGCUUGAUACGGGUGCUACCAAGACGUACAGUAGCAACCGCUGCAGCUCACCUGGAAGUGAUAUGGACCACAGCCAGAGGGACCCUGAUGGGAAACCCAGCGAGUUCCCCAGGAAGGGACAUCUCCACUCCAUUAGCACUCGCAGCACCAACACCACAGUUCGAAAGGCAACGGUCUCCCCAGGGCCAUGGAAAAUCCCUGGCUCAGAUAAGCUACCUAGCGUCCUGAAGUCUGGUACUUCUGCCAUGAGCAGAUAAGCAAGGGACUGUUGCCCUCUAACUGUCUCAAACUGACGCAGAACAUUCUUCUUAGUUUUUGUCUCACAUUGGUUUGUUUUAAUUUAUUUUAACUAUCACACAUAGACACAAAGCAUUGAGGAAUGAAAACAUUAGUGUGUAAUUCCAUGACAAUGUGCACAGUAUCUAAUAAGUUCAAAAGCAUAUAGUCAACACAGAGAUUUAAAAUCGACCCUAAAGUCCCAGUUCCAUUUUAGGGACUUUGGCAGCUAUGGAAGAAACCAAAACAAUAUGAAGGACAGUACAUCAGAGAAGGAUAGUGCAGUGUAGCUUUAGCAUUUUUUUCCCACUGCAUGAAGGACUUGGAUUUCAUUCAAACUUUAUAUCAAGAAACUGGAACAAGUUAGAGCAAUCACAAACUGGAACAUCGCCUUAAAUAAAACUGCACGGAGCAAGCUGAAACCGAGAGAGGAUCUUUUCAUGGAGCUAAAAUGUUGUAAAUAAAUUGUUCUCAACAUAUCUAGACAGGGGUUAAAGGGUUUCUUUGAAGCAUCAUUCAGAACUGUACACCCAUGACACCUCUCCACUGUUAAUGCUUUGGGAUAGUCCACGUGGUACCCUGUAGCAUAGUUCACUGGGCGCUACGGGAGGAGUGGAUUAGUUUCUGUGAUACCAUUUCUACUGCCAUUUUUGUGAACAAACCAUGUUUCUGUACAUUGGAAAGGAGUUAGAGUGGCGUUGUAUUUGCAAAUUAUUCUCAAAAGUGAUUUAUUACAGGUUCCCCAAAUCCUGCGAAGUAGCAGACAAACCAAUUGGUCAGGCUGAAAACCCAGACAUCUGCAAGGCCCUUGCAAUGAAAGGAAGAGUGCUACAGAGAAAAAGCUGCAGUUUCCUUAAGGAAAGGCCUUUCCUUCCUGCAGAAGAUGAUAGCUUCACUUAUCAACAGUGCUAUGUUUCAUACCCAUCCGCAUCUAGUUAGGACACUUUCACCUUCCAUCCCCUCAGUUUGGCAGA